AUGGCGGAGGUUGGCAGGGCGGCUGUGCGGGACCCGGUUGCGCUACUCCCUGGGGGCUUCUGGGCGGCGGUGGCCGUGUGGCUGGAGAGGCCUCAGGUGGCCAACAAACGGCUGUGUGGCGUCCGCCUGGACGCCCGGCGGAGUGUUGGUUUUCCCCGGGCGGAGGCCUGCGGCCACAGUCCCAACACUAGCCCGGAGCAGGAGAAGCGGGCUGCGGCCAGACCCUGUCAGCGCUCCCCCAAUGGGGGCCUGGGCCCCGGGCCGAGCACAGGCCCCGAGCUGGGCACGGCGGGUCGCGGGCCCGAGGAGUCGCAGCUCCGGCGCCCGCAAGGGGAGGACCCCAGGGAAGCAGCCGCCGCGGCUCAGCUCGCAGGGGUUCCCGGGCAGCCCGGCAAGGUUGGAGUCGGGGAGGGCGAUUUCCCUGCCUCGGAUCUGGAUUCUCUCUGGGACGCUUUCUCUCGGAGCCUCGCCGGCGGCAAUCCAGAGAUGCUGGCCUUCCUUACCGGGUCCCGGGCGGGAUCGCAGCCGGAGGCGCCAAGCGAGCUCGACGUGGUUCUCAGAACCGUCAUCCCGAAAACAGGCCCUCAUUGCCCGCUUGCUGCUCCGAGGAGAGAAGUAGUCGUGCAAGAUGUCCUAAAUGGAACUGUAACUUUUUUACCUUUGGAAGAAGAUGACAGAGGGAAUGUAAAGGUUGAGAUGAGCAACGUGUAUCAAGUCCGGCUCAGUCAGAGCCAGGAAGAAUGGUUCAUAUCUAUUUUAAUUUUCUGUCCAGAAAGAUGGCAUUCAGAUGGCAUUGUUUACCCCAAACCUGCCUGGCUGGGAGGAGAGCUGCUGGCCAGGCUGGCCCGGUGGUCUGUGGAGAGCAAGAGGAGCGGAUUUAAGAGCACCCUGUCCCUCAUUUCCAUCAUCAAAUACAGCAAGACAUACCAGAUGCUCAAGGAGAAGUAUAAAGACAUGGUCAAGGUGUGGCCUGAAGUAACCGAUCCCGAAAAGUUUGUGUAUGAAGAUGUGGCCAUUGCUGCGUACCUGCUGAUUUUGUGGGAAGAAGAAAGAGCCGAGCGAGGCUUGACGGCCAAGCAGUCCUUUGUUGACUUAGGAUGCGGGAAUGGUCUCCUGGUGCACAUCCUGAGCACAGAGGGGCAUCCAGGCAGAGGGAUCGAUGUCCGAAGAAGAAAAAUCUGGGACAUGUAUGGACCACAAACUUGCUUAGAGGAAGGUGCAAUCACACCAAAUGAUAAGAACCUUUUCCCUGACGUUGACUGGUUAAUUGGUAACCAUUCCGAUGAACUAACACCAUGGAUACCUGUUAUUGCGGCCAGGUCCUCCUACGGCUGCCGUUUCUUUGUCCUUCCCUGCUGCUUCUUUGACUUCACUGGGAAAUACUCCCGGAGGCAGAGCCGGAAGACUCAGUACCGAGAGUACCUUGAUUUCAUCGUGGAAGUGGGGCUGGCCUGCGGGUUUCACGUCGAGGAGGACUGCCUGCGCAUUCCCUCAACCAAAAGGGUUUGUCUCAUUGGGAAAUCCAGAACAUACUCACCUGCUGGAGAAGGUUCCAUGGAUGAGCAGAGAACCCAGUACAUUAACAGCAGGCGGGGCCGCCCCAUGAGCCCACGUGGCGAGGCGCCCGCCCCUCCUGCACCCCGGGCCGCUGUGGGACACGCGGGCCACCCCGACGGGCACCAGGCCCCGGACGCCGAGGCUGCUGAGGGAGGGGCCGAGGCCCGAGCCGACCAACUGUGGCUGUCUGGAUUUCAUGCUAGAGAAAAAGCUGAGCGCGUGAGGAAUUGUGCCUCCCUCCCUCGAGAUUUUAUUGACCGAGUGGUUUUGCAAGUGGCACAUUUGCUGUUGGAUGGAGAGCAGUUACACACAGGAAGUGCUCCAAGCAGCAGCUCGAAGGCCUGGAACCGAGGAGGAAGCCUCUCCUUGGCGGAAGUAGCCCGUAAGCUGGACAGGGGGACGCUGCAGAGGUUGAAGCGGGAAUGUGGAGGCCUGCAGACGCUGCUCAGAAACAACCAUCAGGUGUUUGAAGUUCUGAAUGGGAGCGUUCACAUCCGCGACUGGAGAGAAGAGAAGCCGCACAGGCAGCAGUGCCCAGAGGCAAAGCGGAGGCUCUUCUCGGAGGCCUUCAAGACCCGCAUCUGCUGGUUCUUCAGUCACCACCCUGACGGUUGUGUUCUGCCUUCAGACAGCUGCCCGUUUGCCCACGGGCCGGCAGAGCUGCGGCCGCCCCAGACCCCCAAGAGGAAGAAGCAGGUUCUGUGAGCUGCUUCUGCCCCGUGAGCCGAGGCCAGGUGCGGGGGCCAAGGCGAGAGGAGCUCCUCUGGGGACCACAGACUCUGCGGGUUGGGGUGCCUUCCUCCGGAUUCCCCCAGUAACAUAGCCCGAUGGUUACACCCACACCAGAUGCCGCAGAAGCUGACGUCCCUCCUGCCCCUGCCCCG